AUGGGAAACUUUAAGGAUAUCUUUGUAACAUGUCUUGGCCUUGGGAUGGUCGCAGGAGCUGGAUAUUAUCUGUACAGGAAAUAUGUUAGCAGAAACAGCCAAGAAAAUAGCAGCGCAAGCCAGGUAAUUGCAGAGGAUUGCACAAAAAAUCUCAACUUCUCUGAAAGGAAAUUUGAAAGUGAUGUUUUACCCAUAGAAGUCAAGUAAAAUGGCUUCCAAAAGCGUUAGGCUUGGUUAAGUUGUCGAUAAGUAAUAUUUAAGUGGAGGUUAGGUGUCAGUUAAGAGCAACGUGGGCGAUAAGGCAGCGAAAGGCUGCAACAAGGGGGUAACCUUGACAACCUCUGACGGGUUACCUACUCCUGGCAUGGCACUUUUUAGUCUGAUCACAGAAUAAACACUUGGAAAGAACUCAACUUAACGCAGGAGCUUCAAGGAACCGAGAGGAGAGUGGGAGGGGACAAAAUUAAAAGAAGGCAAAAAAAACUAGAAUCGCAAAGCUACUAAGAGCAAACCACAAGAUCAAACCACGCGGUGAUGACUCAAAUGCGCAUAUGAUCACCUAAUAAACCAACAGGAAAUCUUCCAGUUAACUAUGAUUAUUGAUUGCAUAAACUGAUGUUCCUUUGAUAAAAAGGGGAAUUAAGACGAAAGGCUUUUUGCUGCACGCGCAUUUUUCACAAAGAGUCUAGCGCUAUCCACCGGAUAAAUCACCAUCCAGCGGAUAAGUAUUAGGGAAAAUAUAUGUACUAUCCACUGGAUAGAGAUUUCUCCAGUGGAUAACGCUAUCCAGCCUUGGAGCAACUGAGGCCUGAUCAACAGACCUUAUUCACGAUACCAGCCAUCUUUGCUCGCGCGUGCUCAAGGGCUGAUGGGAUAAAAGCACUGUCACGCUUAUCUUCUCAAAACGAUACGGCAAUUAUAGACCUGCAAAAUAUUUAGUUCAAGUUUCGACAAGUUUCACGUCAUUAUUGCUUUCUAUGAGGACACAUCUACAGUCACUACUGCAUUCAGAAAAAUAACAACGACCACUUAAUUCCACCCAAAAUUUGCCAUCAUCGUCUUCCAAGACAAAAAACCGUUCUUCUUUUUCUGUUGUCUAAAAUAAACUCGACCUCGAUUUCUUGCAUUGGCAAAUUUUUUCCACUUGUUUUCCCCAAGAAAAACGACGUGACAUUGGUUCUAUCCCAUAGUGCGCACAAAGAUGGCGGGGAUCGUGAAUAAGGUCUAUACCUCAUAGCACUAAUUGUCUUAUAUAUUACAAUAGAGCGGCGCCGAUCGGGAGGUCCAAGACACCAACCAUGGGCAUGUAAGUGAAACUUCAAAAACUGAUGGUAAUAUUCAAGAGAGCAUGAGCAACGUUACAGAACCCGAGAGAGCGCAGAUGACGAAAGUUCUGGGUGAUGCUUCUAACCACGCCGCGGGAAAAGAACCCGCGGUAAAAAGCGCAAUUCAGACAACCAGAAAAGAUGAAUCAGAGAAACUAGAAAAUCCCACAAACCCUCAAACACAAACGAAAAAGAAGAAAUCAAAUUUCGGAGGACUGAAGAAAGGAUUUCUUCUCUAA